AUGAGCCUGUCAAACUUACUUACAAGUAAAGCCGUGGAUGAAGGGCUGGAUGACAUAUUCAAAUCGAGUGCAGGACCAUCCAGUGCAGCAAGCACUGUGCCUGCAAAGAGUACUAGUGCAGCCAAGAAAAGAUCUUUAGAUGGCACAACGGAAGACAAAACCGUAAAGACGUCUCAGAAGAAGCCUCGUGUCUCGACCUCAUCAGUCACGAAAAACGAUGAAAAUAAAACACAACACAAGAAACAGAGCAAGGAGGGGAAGCGGGCAGAGGUCAAAGAAGAAACCAAUAUUAAUGAGGUGAAUGCAGGGAGUUCAGACGAUGACGACGACGACGAUGCGCGUUUCUCCAUCCCGCAACAUGAGUCGUUGAAGAGAUCCGAGAAGCGUAAGAAGGAAGGGACGAAGAAAGUGAAAUAUGUGCCGGAAGGCGAAACGAAGGAAUGGCGUGACGCUAGGACUAUUUUCAUCGGGAAUUUACCAGUAGCAGUUGUGAAAAGCAAGCCGCUUACGAAGCAGUUGAAACGACACAUCCUCUCCUAUAUCCCUUCGGCCGAAAUAGAAUCCAUUCGAUAUCGUUCUAUUGCUUUCAGUAAUCCUACGGCCACGCUGGAGGAAGAAACCGACGAAAAAGUAUCAAGGAAACAGAAGAGGCAACAGAAACGCACUGCAGAUUGGCGUGCGCAGAAGGAGGAUGCAAACCACGUUUCAAAACAGGAGAAGGAGGAAGAAGAAAAUAAGAAGGGAGAAAAGUCCUACAUGACGCCCGCGGAAAAGCGGCGCCUGGCUGCGAUAAAGGGAGAACUCCACGAGCACAGUGCUGCGACUACAAAUGCGUACACCGUUUUCGCAUAUCCGGUACCUACCGAGUCAGACGAGUAUAAGCCACCUGUACCGCGGAAAGAGGUGAUGGACCCGUUCGCUGCGGCUCGCGAAGCAGUUAACAAAAUCAACGGAACUUUCUUCGCUGAGCAUAUGCUUAGAGUCGACUUCGUGAAAAAACCCGCUGACGUGCAGACUUCUUCGGAGUCUACUGCUGCAGUUGGAGCAUUGACGGAUCCCAAGCAAAGCGUCUUCGUAGGUAAUCUUGAUUUUGCUACCAGCGAAGACGAUCUACGCGCCUUUUUCGAGGAGGUUAUGUGCGAGGAGCGAGGGCAGCCCAGCUCUGACAUGAAUGUGGAAGACGGCAAGGCAGAUACACUGCAAAAAGCUAAAUGGGUUACGCGCGUGCGUGUUGUACGUGAUCGGGAGACUCAGCUCGGGAAAGGUUUUGCAUAUGUCCAGUUUUCUGACCGCGAGUGUGUGGACGAAGUCCUCGCGCUAGAAUCAGAUAAACUCAAGUUCGCGAAGCGUACUCUCCGAUUACAGCGCUGCAAAUCAGGCAGUGCAAAAGCAGCGAAACCCCAGUCAUCGCCUUCCACGCCGAAGGUCACUUCUGGUACCACAAUCAACCCUCGUUCACGACCAUCCGCCAUCGACCUUCCCAAGGGUGACCCAACGCUCGGGCAACGAAUCGCCAGUUUACCGAAAGAAUCUCGUAAACAAGCCAAGGCUGCCGAUCCAACUCGCGUUGCUCGGCGACUUGCUAAAAAGAAAGCGCGCAUGGCAAUGGAGAAAGCCUCCGGAAAAGACAAACGCGUACGAGAAAGGAAAGACAAGAAAGCGAAGGGCACGUUGAAUACGGGUCGGAAGGGGAAGAAGAGAGAACGAAGUCAACGGAAUUUGGAGAGGAAAAAUAUAAAGAAAUGAUGAUGGUCGUAUUCAGUAGUUUCUUAUGGCGGUUUAGCGGUCAUAAACUCGUUGCAACGAUGUAUAUUCAUUCGGCGAUUCACAGUUUUACAAAGCAAUAAAAGACAAG